UUCCUGGUUUGAAUUUAACAUUGUGGAUACAUGUCUAUGAAUUAUACAAAAAAAAUGAGCUUAAAGCUGGAUACAAAAAGAUUGCAGAUAAAGGCUAAAAACGUUCUUUUGAAAAUAGUAUUAUUCGUUUGCUUCGGAUUUUGUCUGUGCGGGGGCAUACUGUAACACACAUACUGAAGUUCAUCUCCCUCCGGGAACUAAUUGGCCGAUGUACCCAAUGCGAUUCCAACUGCAUUGAAUGUGACAACAGUGGGACCUCUGGAUCAUGCAUUAAGUGCAACGACGGCUUUUAUCCAAACCAGUUUAAUUGUCAACCUUGUACUUAUCCAAAUUGCAAAACGUGUUCUAAUCCGUCAUAUUGUGACUUAUGCAAAGACGGUUUUUGGGGUGUAACCUGUAUUGCAACAUGUGCAGAAGGGUGUGUUGAUAAAAAAUGUAAUACUACGAACGGCUUUUGUUCAUGUCGUAUGAACUUUUUCGGAAAUAAAUGCGAUGGAAAAUGUUCAGACAAUUGCGUUCCUUCCACUUGCUUUAGUGAUAGUGGUAAUUGUGUAUGUAAACAAGGUUAUUUUGGGGCAUCUUGUCGCUCACAAUGUGGCGAACUUUGCGCCGAUUGUACAAAUACCACGUCAUGCUCAUUGUGUGAAACAGGAAAGUUUGGUUGUACGUGUCAAUCCCUUUGUCAAUGCGAUGGCAAUGCAAAAUGUGAUAUUAUAACAGGUGUGUGUCUCCCUUGUGGAACAGACUGUUUGUCUUGCAAUAAUAACGUGUGCUCUUUAUGUGUAACUGGAAAAUAUGGAAGUCGAUGUGAGCUAACGUGCUCGUCUACUUGCUAUGAUAUGUGUGACAUUGAAGGAAAUUGUAAGUCGUGUGUGUCAGGGUAUUUUGGUCAUCGAUGUGAAUUUGAAUGCAAUUGUGAGUUUGGGUGCGAUCAACUUCAAGGCCACUGUUUGAAUGAAGCUUGCCCAAUAAAUUGUAAUGGUACCUGUGAUGAUUCUUCACAGACAUGCUAUUCAUGUAAUCGUGGUUAUCACGGACCUUUUUGCAACUUAACGUGCCCUGGUAAAUGUGCUGAUUCACGUUGUUAUACAAAUGGUAGCUGUUUGUCUUGUGAAUCGGGAUAUUACGGUAACAGUUGCAACAUGGAAUGUCAACAGAUGUGUGAAAGUAAUAAAUGUCGUCAAAAUGAUGGAUUAUGUGAGGUCUGCCCUGCGAACUGUGUAUCAUGUGAGUCCAACACCGCUUGUACCCGUUGCAAAGAAUCUAAGUAUGGACAAAUCUGCCGUUUAUCUUGCAACGACGAGUGUACAGAUAAAAUGUGCAAUAUCAAAGGUGUAUGUUACAAUUGUUCUUCGGUAUCUGCUUUUGGUAGUUACUGCAAUCAUGACUGUUAUUUGUCUACAUGUGAGAGAUACACAGGUGCCUGUAAUAGCUGUAAAAAUAACUCAGUGUUUGGAAUGUUUUGUAAUGAAACAUGUAGUCCGUUUUGUCUUGGUAACGAAUGUAAACGAGAAAUUGGCGUUUGCUUAAACGGAUGCUGUGACGGUUACUUUGGAACUAAAUGUGAUCAGGAGUGUUCUCAAGGAUGCCGAAAUAAUUCAGGAACAAUAUGUGAUCUAGAAGGUACAUGUCUUAGAGGAUGCACUGAAGGAUACCUUGGCAAAAGAUGCAAAUCAGAAGGCCAUAACCAACAAACGGAAGAAAUUACCUCUAGUUCUGUGAUCGGUGGAGCGGUUGGUGGUGUGCUUGGCGUGUGUGCCAUCGUAGCGCUAGUUGUGGUUGUCCUGGUAUUGAAGAGAAAGGGGAUUAUUUGGAAGGAGAAAAAGAAGACCUAUGAGGAUAUAUCACCUGGAAAAAGCAAAGAUGAACCGUACACAACAUUGGCGGUUGCAAGCACGACCGAGUACGAAAUACCCGAUUCAGAGCCAAGGUCCGAGCUGACCAUCGAAGGUGAAGACAACAGAGUGUAUUACAAUGAUGAGGGGGCCUACUACAAGAAUGUCGGGGAAAAAUGUUCAUAAAACAUGAGAAUGUACACAGACAGAUAAAGCACAAGUGUUUGUAGUAUGUUUCCAGGAGUGUAUAUUUAAAUAAACGCUUACCUUAGUUAUCAGUGCUAUCUUUGUUUUAACUUCAUUAUGAGGGUUCUUAUGUAAACUGCAUAGUCAAAUUAUAAAUUGUUUCGAGUCAUCAAAAUAAUCUUGUAAAUCUACAAGAACGUCUCGUUUCAACAUUUGUAUUAAAUAACUUAUGCUAUGUUUAUUACAAAAAAAUUGGAUGCAAAAAUAGUCUCAAUCCUAUGUAUGGAGCAGAGCUAUGGGGACUGAAGUAUAUGAAAACAAUUGAAGCUGUAAAUAUUCAUGUUUGAAAAAGAUAUAUGGUGGUUUCUCCUAGUGGUUGUUAGGAUGCAGUGGUAGCUGACUUAGAGAGAUACCCUAUUAAUAUUUUGUCUGCUAAGCGUUUAAUGAAAUAUUGGGUCAGAAUAUUAAUUACGUAUAAUGAUAGAUAUUUUAAAAACGUUAAGAUAUUUUUUUAUGAUAACAUUGGUUUUCAAUCGUAGAAGCCAAACAUGAAAACUAAUUUGUAUAUUAAUAGGUUUUGAUAUUUAUGAGACGACAAAAUGUUGGUAAUCAAAAAACUGUUAGCUUAUCAAUAUGUUAAACGGCUUAAAGACCAGUUAAAACAGACAUGGUUAAAAAAAGUUUCAUAAAUAGCAAAUUGUUUGAUUAUGAAAAUCUUAAGAAUAACGAUGAAGUCGAAAAUUGCAAAGGUAUGAUAGAUAAGACCAAAUUAAGAAGUUGUUUUGCCAAAUGUAGAAGUUCCUCUAAUAACCUAGUUAUGAAAGGGGGAGGCAUUAUAAACUCGAGCGAGAAACAUACACGGAACAAAACAAACGGACACUGAACAAACUAACCAGAAACUGAUCAAACAAAACAGACACUGAAUAAACGAAGCAGACACGUAAGAAACAAACGGACACUGAACAAACUAAGCAUACACUAAUCAAACAAAUCAGACACUGAACAAACGAAACAGACACAGAACAAAACAAAAGGACACUGAACAAGCGGAACAGGCAGUGAACAAACUAAACAGACACUGAAAAUAACAAACAUAUAUUAAACACACAAAACAGACACUGGACAAAACGAACGGACACUGAGCAAACGAAACAGACACUGAACAAAAGAACCAGACACGGACCAGAUGAACAGACACUGAACAAACCAAACAUACACUAAACAAAUGAAACACACACUACAAAACGAAACAAACACUGAUCAAAUGAGACAGACAUUGAACAAAGCAAACGAACACUAAACAAAUGAAACAUUCACUAAACAAAGCAAACAUACAGUAAAUCAACCAAUCAGACACUAAACAAAUACAAAAGACAACGAAUUACCCAUUAAACAUUGAACAAACAAAGCUGGAACUGAACAAUCACUACAGUAACUGAUCAAAUCAUAAAAAAAUAUAAAACAAAACAAGCAAACACUCAACAAACCAAACAAACAUUGAACAAACCAAUAGUCGCUGAUCAAACGAAGCAUAAACUGAAUAAACCAAAUAUACAGUUUAUGAACAAAACAAACACUGAACCAACCAAACAGACACUAAACGAAAACAGUGACAGUGUAUAAACCAAUCAAACUCUGCAAAAACAAAACUGGUAUUGAACGAAAACUCUACAGUAACUAAACAAACUAUACAUACAUUGAACAAAACAAACAGACACUCACGCAGAGAAACAACACAGACACUCAACAGAUGAAAAUAGAUACUGUAUAAACGAACAGCAUACAGACACAAAACAAAUUGAAUAUUUUGACAACAUUUUGGACAACAGUGUAUUUAUUAUUAUUAUAAUUAAAUAACUAUUACAUAUUUGACGCGAUACGGGGACAAUCAAAUCGUAGUACUAAUACUAGACAAUUGACGACAAUAUAUGCCAAAACUCGCCAAAUAUCGAUUAAAGUCGGCCAUUAUGAGUUUCCGCCGCUUUGAUUGGUUGUAAAACCCUCCAAAUACAGGAUAAGAGAAAUGGACCAUUUUUAUUGGCUGUCGAUUCUCGCUCAUAUAUGAGAAAUACCGACUGGUUUGAAAAAUAUGUGCUUCGUUUAAAACAUAUUGGGAAUUACUAGCCUUUUAAAAACUUCAACUACUUUGUACGGUUUGAUAUUACAAUUGCAUUUAACCUGUUUGUUGAUAUUAUGAUAAUUAUCUUUUUGAAAACCGACAAGAUGGCAGUGUAAAGGUGAAAAAUUUGAACUUUUGGUAAACGAUUCACGAAAGAAAGACAACAAACAGGCUUCCUUAGACAGUACAGUGCUUUAUUCAUAAGUAUGUGCAAUGUCACAAAAGGAUGCAUGUCAAAAUCAGCAAAGUCACGUUUUAUAUUAACUCCAUAAUGAAUAAUACAGUUUUACAAUUUAGAAUAAAAAGAGGAAACGUCUACCAGAAAUCUUAUUCACAUCAGAAGUCAAGUAUAAUGUAAACGAAACAACCGCCAUUAAAUGGAUGAAAUUCAUCUAUUAAAACUUAAAAUACAACUUGAACACUAUUGAUGAUAAACAAGAAGUCCGAAUAAUUUACUUGUUUAAGGCAACUUAAAUAUCUUUAAAAUUACACGAACCAGGAAGUCAGGCUGUUACAGGUGAAACAAAGUCUAUGCUACAGUCAACUGCACAUCUCUUAGCUUAAAUCUACGGAUAUUUGUAUUGCAUUUAAGUGUCUUUUGAAAGAUAUUGUCUUUUUAUCUGAUAAAUAAUAUACUUUAAUGUAUGUUAAGCUAUAAAUG